AUGGCUAGAUGCAUCGACAACAACGGUCGCGCAUACAGAUGCAAUUCAGCGUGGUAUGACUGGGGUAGAUGGGUUGCCCUCGGCAUCAUAAUAUUUGGCGCACUUCUCAUCUUCUUUAUCUUCAGCUUGUGGAGCGCUCGCCGAAGACGUCGCAUGGGUCGACAGCCUCUGUAUGGUACGGGAUGGACAGGCCGCACUCCUUGGGGUCAUGCUCCUGCUCAGUACAACCCUGGCUUCCAGCAAACGCAGCAAGCACCCCCGCCUGCCUACAACCAAACCCAGAAUUACGGCGGCUACUACGGCCAAAAUCAAGGCUAUUUUGGUGGCAGACAGACCGACGUCGAAAUGCAACCACCGCAGAACACCUACAGAGGCGGCGACAACGUCUACACUCCCCCCACGGGUCCUCCACCAGCCAAAAAAUAA